CCCCCAGUGCCACUGAUGACGAGUCCUGAACUGUACUGUGACAUGGAAGACAGUGGGGCAUAAAGGGACAUUCCACUAACUCACCGAGCACCACAUGUAUAUUGAAGAGGGCACGACUCUGUCCACUCCAUCAAACCCUCAGUCAAAUGUCAAAGGAGUCAAACAGAAGCUGUGAAGUGAGGACAGAACGAGGCCGGGACAUGUUUGGGAUGUGGAGGGGACUCGCCGGACUGUCCACAUGUUGCUGUGUGCUGAUGCUGAUUCAUUGUUCGCCUCAAGCAGAUGCAGCAUUCGCAUGCAGCUCCACUCAGUUGACGUGUGGAAAUGGGAGGUGCAUCACCCGCAGGUGGAUUUGUGAUGGAACGGACGAUUGUGGUGAUGGAACAGAUGAACUGCCUGCAACUUGUGCAACCAAAAUCUGCCGGGAGUCUGAGUACAGCUGUGGCCUCCCCAUGAACCAGUGUGUCCCACAAAGCUGGCACUGCGACGGCAAAGCUGACUGUGACAACGGCGCUGACGAGGACAACUGCACGGCCAAACAGUGCAAAGCUGAAGAAUUCCGUUGUGCAAAUGGCCAGUGCAUAUCCAACUCCUUCGUCUGUGACCAUGACGACGACUGCACCGACGGCUCAGACGAGGCUUCCUGCCCCAAGCCCACCUGCAGUUCCCGGUCCUUCCAGUGCAACAACACAGUGUGCGUGCCGGCCCUGUGGCGCUGCGACGGAGACACGGACUGUGCCGACGGGUCCGACGAGUGGCCGCAGAACUGUGCAGAAGCAAAGCCGGAGAAGACGCCGCAGCGCUGCGACGUCCUAGAGUUUCAGUGUGCCAAUGGGGACUGUAUCCACAGCAGCUGGAGGUGUGACGGAGGCAUGGACUGCCGGGAUCAAUCGGACGAGGUCAACUGCAGUCAUCCUACUUGUCGUCCAGAUGAGUUCCAGUGUAAUGACGGUGCCUGUAUCCAUGGCAGCCGCCAGUGUGACAAAGUGGCCGACUGCAGGGACCUCAGUGAUGAGAUUGGCUGCCACACAGAAAAUGUAUGUGAAGGCCCAACCAAGUUCAAAUGUAGCAGUGGGGAGUGUAUCGGGAUGGAGAAGGUGUGUGACAAACAGAGAGACUGCAGGGACUGGUCUGAUGAACCUGUCAAAGAGUGUGGCAACAACGAGUGUUUGUCAGGAAAUGGCGGCUGUUCCCAUCUCUGCCAUGAUCUGAAGGUUGGCUACAACUGCUCGUGCCCUUCUGGAUACAGCCUGAAGGUGGACAAGAAAACCUGUGAAGACAUUGAUGAAUGUGCCGAACCGGACACUUGCAGUCAGAUCUGCAUCAACCUGCCUGGCAGCUACAAGUGUGACUGUAAACAUGGCUACGAGAUCGACCCUGCCACCAAGAUAUGCAAGGCUGAAUCAGGCACUGUGCCUACUCUGUACUUCACGAACAGACAUGAGGUGAGGAAGAUGACAGUGGACCGCAGCGAGUACGUCCGUCUGAUCCCACAGCUGAAGAACGCAGUGGCCCUGGACAUAGAUAUGCCAAACAAGAUAAUCUUCUGGUCUGACCUGUCUCUGAAGAAAAUCUACAGCUCCAACAUUGAAAUGGCCAAUGACUCUUCUAACCACAAGGAAGUAAUUGGCAGUGGAAUUGAGGCCCCAGAGGGCAUUGCAGUGGACUGGAUCCAUGGCAACAUCUACUGGACCGACAGCAUCUUGAAGACCAUCUCUGUGGCGACGACUGACGGCAGUAAGAGGAAAACCCUCAUCACAGAAAACCUGCAAAAGCCAAGAGCCAUCACAGUGGACCCAAUGAAUAACUUUAUGUACUGGACAGACUGGGGUGAGGAGGCUAAAAUAGAGAAGAGCGGAUUAAAUGGAGCGGAUCGUGUUGCCUUGGUGACAGAGAAUAUUGUGUGGCCCAAUGGCAUCACCCUGGACAUCGUUAACCAGCGUCUGUACUGGGUGGACUCAAAGAUGCACACGCUCUUCAGCAUUGGUGUGAACGGAGGGACGCGACACAGUCUGAUUUUCAGUGAGGAAAAGCUCUCCCACCCCCUCUCCCUGACGGUGUUCGAGGAGAAAGUGUUUUGGACAGACAUAGGCAACAGUGCUGUUUUUAGUGCCAACCGUCUGACUGGGAAAGAUAUCACCCAGCUGGCCGCGGACCUGGACCAGCCAGAGGACAUUGUACUGUACCACGACCUCAAGCAGCCCAACGGUACGAACUGGUGCAGAGAGAGUAACAGAAUGAAUGGAGGCUGUGAGUUUCUGUGCCUCCCUGCUCCUCGGAUCAACCAGCGCUCUCCUAAAUACACCUGCGCUUGUCCCGACCACAUGACGAUGGGACCGGACAUGAGGAUAUGUGUGACAGCUGCCUCAGUUGCCCCUCCUGGCAAAAAAGAAACUGCCGCACCCAACGCUUCCACCACGCCUACUACACCCAGACAGCCUGUCCCUACCACUACAACCACGACAACCACCAGAGCUACUGAACAACUCACAUCUACCUCAUCUCUGCAGUCCACACAGGGGACACAGCAGCCUGCCGCCACUGCUCAAGGUAGCAAACUGGCAGCCCUGCCUGAAGAAGCCCCCCCAUCCCACCCUAUUGCUCUCUACGUCGUGCUGCCAAUAAUGUUCCUCUCCCUGCUGGUCUUUGGAGCAGUGUUGCUGUGGAGACACUGGCGUCUGAAGAACACCAACACCAUCCACUUUGACAAUCCAGUCUACCAGAAAACCACAGAGGACGAGGUGCACAUCUGCAGGAACAGCUCCGACGGCUACGUGUACCCUCAGAGGCAAAUGCUGAGCAUGGAGGACAUGGAUGUUGCAUGACCCAAAGAUGAAGAAGACAGAUGAUGCAAACACAAAUCAACAAAGGCCAUUUCAUCUUCUGCUGCUGCUUCACAGUGGCCUCCCUCCCCCAGUCCCCUCAUCGUGUGGCUUAUGUUUCUGACCUCAUCACUGUGCCGUCCAAUUCUGAUGAAAGAACUUAAAAAAGAAAGGGGGGGGGGGGGGUUUGAAACAUUUGUAUGACAAAGUAGAGUGUAACCACAGGAAGCCAUUUAGUCAGUUCCAGAAGGUAUCGAUGAACGCUUACUUUACCACCAACACAUCACCUCACUAUGUUAAUUACCUAAACAAACAUGAAUCACAAGCUUAUUGCGAUGAGCUUAACUUGAAAAGCCGGACCUUUACUGUCUUAACUCGCAUGUGUGCCUUCUAUCUAGUUUCCUGGAUGAACAUACAGUAAAUUCCUUACUGACCCCACUUCCUUCCAAACUGGUUUCUGUGGUAGUUGAUGCUAUAGUGCUUUAACCCCAGGCAGUGACGGCCUCCAUCACAAAAUAUUGUGGCCUUCUCUUCCGCUGGAAACAGCUUCGCACAUUUUGUUGGCUCCCACAUCAGAAACACUUGUCUACGUUCUACGCCCUAAUGUUAUUUUUCUCUAAAUGAAGUAUCAGCUUGUGAGGGAGUCACAGAAGGUUUAUAUUGUAAAUGGAAAAGCUGCUGAGUUUUUUGAAGUCAACCAAAAUGAAGAACUUUUUUUUUUAUGAAGUAAAAGUAAUGAUUGUACUGUAAGUGAUUACCUAUUGUAAAUAAUGUGUAAAUAUUCUGUAAAACUCUUGAGUUCGUUCUGGUGUUGCCUUUUUACAUUUGUAAAUUUUAAUCAAGCGGAUUUGUAAAUAUGUUUAAGAUUCUUUUAUUUAUUAUUGAAAAUAUGAGAAAAGGGUGUUGGUUGUUGUCGCCUGGGUGUAAAUACAGUACAUGCUAUAUAUGAGAACCAAAUAUGGUGAAUUGAUUUUGUUCCAUCGAGGCCAGUUUGACCUUUACAUUGCACAGGUAUUAUUUAACUUAUGCCUGCUCAGUUUUGUGUGUACAACAUCCUGUAUGUUCAGAAAAACACUGAAGAAACUCUUUGUUCCUUAUCCCAUUUCUUUUUCCUCAGUGAUAAAUCACAUAAUUUAUUUUGCUUCUGCCUUUCUGUUACUAUAUACAGCAUCUAUAUACACUCUUCAAAGGAUGAUGCAACUCAUUUAUGUAUACACCUGAAGGAUUUAGUCACAACAGCCUGCACAAUGAUUUGUUCAUUUUUAUUUGUGUUGGUCUUUUUUUUUUUUUUAAAUAAAAGAAAAGAAAAAAAACAUUAA